AUGCCUGGAAAUUACGAAAAUGUCAAUGUUACUGAACAAAUUAUAAAUCAAAAACCAACUUCUAAUAUUGAACAAAAUUUUUACGAUUAUUUUCCCGAAUUUGAAUCUCUUUUAAUCAGAAAAAUGAAUCUUUACAAAAUCGAAUUUGAAAUUGAGCCUUACUUGUCGGUGCCUCUCAUUACCCCCAAAUACGUUCUUAAAAUUAUCAGAAAUGAUUUUGGAGAUGUGUUUCGUAACUACAACAUUUUCGAUUGUCGCUCAGUAGAGGAGUAUGAAAUGGGGCACGUCGUUGGUGCAAGUUUAAUGUCAGAACGUGCAGCAAGAAAGAAAUUCACAUUAGCUGGAAGCAAUUCUAUUCUUAUUUUUUAUUGUGAAUUUUCGUCGAAAAGAUGCAAACAAAUUAUUUCAAUCAUUCAAAAAGUUAACACAAAAGGAAUUCGGGAAGGAAAAUCUUUAUUAUAUCCCAAUUUGGCAAUUAUAGAAGGAGGAUAUUGUAAUUUCUACAAACAAUAUCCCCACUACUGUGAUCCAAGAGGAUAUCUUACUGAGCAAGAAGCCUACAGAAACUAUUUGAUGAAAAACAAAUUUUAG